CGUUUGCAAUAGAAAACAGACGAUGCGAAAAUGGCGUGAAAUGUAAUCGGGUAAUAAGUUGUCCAUAAACUUUAUAGAAAGAAAUAUGACUUUAAUUCAAGUACGCUGUUCAAAUGUUGGCUUAGAUUGAAGCUAAAGAACUGCAUAUUGAUAUAUGUGGAGAGACGGGGGAAUUAGACGUCACUCUACUCGACUUUGCAGCCCAAAUGGCCACGGAAGGAAAUGGAAAAGAAAAUUUGCGUUCGACUAUUUCAACGACUGCAAUUUGCUCUUCCAUUUUUAGUGGAGUAUUACUUUCUUACUGGGACAACAUACUGGGUCCUAGAAGCCAAAAACUAUGGGUAGGAAAUGACAAAAUAAAAAUUACAGCCGACAUUAUCAGUUUUGUAUCUAGUCACACCCUCAAUGGUGAACUUUGUCGUAUUAGAGAGGAAGGUCAAACGGACACUAAAUUCUAUGUUUUGUCAGACAGAGAAUGCAUAUUUUUUGCAUCUAUAUUUCUUGGAACCGCUAAAGCUGGGCAAACUAUUUACAGUCUAGCUUUCAUCAUCGCAUUAGAAGAUCUAAAUAGAUUUUUGCAACUGCAAACAUUCUUGAAUAAACAAAUUGAGACAAUUGUUAUGAAAUUCAGAGUUUUGCAAGAAAAGAAUCUUCCAAAAUCAGUGAAUAAUUUUUCCAUUCACAUAGAAAGACUGGCGAAUGCAGUAGAGUUAAUCCAGAAAAACAAACUCCCAAUUCAGGAUAUUUUGAUUGGUUGUACAAUCUUUGGAAAUAAAGAAAAAGCAGAUAUUGGAAAACUUUAUGAUUCAAAAUUUUUAAUGAGAGUAAUAACAUCACAUCUGCAAACAUCUGGAUGCACUGUUGUUGUUGGCACAAGAGAGGACCAUGUCAAUUUUGUUCUUAACACUUUGGCCCAGUUCCUAACACCUAGUGAGAGAGCAUGCUCAAGAUAUGCAAUUAGCUCAGAGGAUUGUUCUUAUGAAAGGCAUCUGUUUUUACAAGGAUUACUAAAAGGGACUAAUGGCUAUGAUAUCGAGAGCAAAGAUGUGCUCAUCAACAGUCUGCCAACAACAUUAAUCGACAUUGACACAAGAGAAGUUAAGCAAACCAGUGAACUAAGACUACACCUCACCACACGCUUUGAAUUUCUGAGGCUGUAUCUAAACCAAAUACUUGAAGGAGAGGCUCCUGUUUUUCCAACAAAGGGACUUUUCAAUGAUUGCGAAGAUAUUGCUAUUAUGGUGCAAACCUUUGUAUCAGAGAUUCAACUAUUGCCUGAUAUAGACUCUGUGAGAGAAAGAUACAUCAAAAACUUUUUAUGUCUGUUGAAUCAAAAAGCAACCACGCUGAUCUCUUAUAUACAUGCUAAAUCACUUCGUGGGGUGGAUGUCAUUUCGCUUGACGAUAUUCGCAAGAUGAGAAUAGACCUAUCGUUGCUAUCCGAAGCUGAUUUUCAAAUCGUGCUUGCACAAGCAGAAAAAAACCGACCUGGAAUUGUCCCAUUUCUUUUCAAGACGAUCACAAGAUAUGAAUCCUCUGAACAGGCAAUGAAACAGUUACACGUGGAGCUGAUAUGAAUUUCCCGCCAUUCUUCCGCUGAGAUUUCAAUCAGGAUUAAAAUUGAGAUGAUCAAGAAGAGUUGAUAGACUGGUACUUCGAUAUUUUUGACAUGGAUUUUUGCAAGAACCUGUUGUAUAUGAAAAAGUAUAAUGGUUUCGAACUCUCGAUGGGAAAAAUAUAUUUUUGUAGGGAAUCAAUAACUUGUGCCUAAAAUUUCUUAUCUGUUGAUAUUAGAUUAGUAUUUUUGUAUUAAAAGAAUUUUGUAAAAUGUUGUGAAGUGAUGAAUUGGGUAUUUUA